UAAUCAACAUUCAACCAGUUUUUAAUUUCUCUAGGAGGUACUGAAGUGUGUGAAUGGGGGAUGAACGUUCCCUAAAAAGCUCAGUAAGACGGUUUGUCAAAUUUACAUGGUCCAAAGGAAAAAUACAAUGCGAUUGAGAAGAAAUACAAAGCGAUGCCAUAUCAUGUCUUCUAAUGCCCCGUAAAAAGAGACUGCUGAACCCAAACAAAUCUCAGCUGUUGUUUGUAGAGGCGCCCAUCAAUGGACCAAAGCAUGAAUAUGGACCACAACUACGGAGUGCCAUUUAUCCCAAGACAUUUAUAUCAGAGAAACAACAGCAAAGUAGCGCACCAUGUGCUUCUUGGGUGUCUCCGCAGUUUAAUUCGCUCGAAACCACAACGGUUAGUCGAGGGAGGAGAAAUAACCAAAUGGCUACAAGAAUCUCAAACAAGGCACCUGUUUUGGGUUUCCCUCAGACUGGAAGAGCAAAUGGCUGCAAAUAUAUUCCCUUGUCCUUUGAUGCAGGUUUACAGCACUGUAGUAGUUCACGGAUGAAGAAUGAUAGGGUUGUUUCUUUGGACAGUCAUAGGAAAGAGCUUCGAGAAACUCCAAGAACAACUAACUUUCCUCGAAAAGCAGCGGAGAGGAGGAUGACUACACGUGUUAUAUCCACUUCUAGGCAUUCAGAAGUUUCAAAGAACCUUCAGUUCCAUAAAAAUGGAAAAAGAACUUCUAAGGAUUCUGUUUGCACACCGAACACAAGCUUAGUUCCCGAACCCCCCAGUGUAGAGACGCCUGAAAUGCCACAUUGUUCCAGCGGGUCUCCAUCCAGUGUUCAGCAUCUCCUUUUUCCCCCAAACCAGGCAAAAACUCCUCCACGAACUGAGAACGAAAGCAUCCUGGUGAAAGACACACCUGAGAAGGACUAUGGGCUGAGGGCAACGUGGAGACGGAGGAAAGGACUGAUGAAAUUGUUGAUUGACCGAGGUCAGCUUCUUCCAGCAGAUGCUAGAGUUGCCAGUGAUUGGACUUAGACCAUAAAUUAACAGAUAUAGCAAUAAUUUGGUUCAUUUGUAGUCUUUUCUGUAUCAUAUGGAUUUGGGAAAUUGUGAUCACUUACAGCUGAGAAAAUUUAAUAUAUGAACACUUCAGAAGAGAAGAAUUAAAGAUGUAAUUUUGAUGAUGUCCCCAGCCUUAUUUAAUGGGAGCACCUUUGUAUUCUUUCGGACAUCAAUGAAUUAUGUACUUAAAUGUAAAAUACACAUUUGUGAAACAUGCCUUUAUUCACAAGAUUUUUAUUUUUAUCAAACGGUACGUUUGUGUGUGUAGGGAAAGUCUAUUAUAUCUUUAAAUUUUAUAUUAUUGUAUUUUUUGUUUAAAGAAAAAGUCUGAAAUUGAUAAAAUAUGAACAAAUAUAUAAAAUGUCAGAUAAAAUAUGAACUCUAAAAUAUAAGAAUUUAGAUUUAAAAUAUUUCUAGUCUCUAAUCAAUUCCUAUAGUUUAUAUAUAUUUAUAUACUGUUUUUUUAUAAUAAUCCAAAGUACAGCAAAAGCAGUAAUAUUGUGAAAUAUUUUUAAAAUAAUGGCUUUGUAUUUUAAAAUAUUUUAAAAUAUAAUUUAUUCCUGUGGUCUUCAGUGUCACAUGAUCCUUCAGAAAUUAUUCUAAUAUGCUUUUUUGCUGUUUAAGAAACAUUUAUGAUUAUUAUUAGCAAUAUUUAAAACAGUGGAGUAAUUUUUUUCAGGAUUGAUGAAUAGAAAGAUCCAAAGAUCAGCAUUUAUCUGAAAUAAACAUUGUAACAUUGAACACUAUACCUUUCAAAAGCUUGGGGUCAGUAUAUAUAUAUAUAUAUUUUUUUUUUAUAUGAUCUGAAGGAUCAUGUUGGAGUAAUGAUGCUAAAAAUUCAGCUUUGAAAUCACAUGAAUAAAUUGCAUUUUAAAAUACAUUCAGAUAGAAAACAGUUGUUUUAUAUAGUAAAAAAUAUUUCAAAAUUUUACUGUUUUUCCUGUACUUUGGAUCAAAUAAAUUCAGGCUUGGUGAGCAUUAAAAACAUUAAAAAUCUUGGUUGUGUG